AUGGCUGACCGUGUCCACCGCGUCACCAUGUUCAAGCUGCCCAACACAGCCGACCAACAAAAGCUGAUUGAGGCGUACAAGACAGUCGACGCAACCAACCAAAAGGACGGCAAGCCGUAUAUUCUUUCAUUGGCAGUUGGUGUCGCCGAAGAGGAUCCCCGCUCCCAGGGAUACACCGUCGUUUGCAAAACCGAGUUUGCUAGCAUGGAGGACCUUAAGUACUACGAUGAUAGCUGCGCCGCGCACCAGGCAUUGAAGGCUACUGCCAAGGGAUUGGCCGUCGAGGGCAUCAUGACUGUUUAUUUCAAGCCCCAGCUUGUCGGCGGCUCAGCAUAA